AUGAAGUUGUAUUACCUGUUGUUAUUGUUGACCAUCUCUUUAGUAUAUGUUAGAGCUGAAGAAGAUGUGGAAGCUGCCGAAGAAGUAGAAGAAACUGAAGGUGAAGGCGAAGAAGAAGAGGCUGUUGCUGAUUAUUCUAACGGUAUGUAACUAUAUACGUCAUUUUACUUUCAAAUUUAAAGAUUUCGUACUAGUACAGUACUAGUACUGCGUAGUACGUCUUACUACUUUUUUUAAAUUUUAAAAAGUACCUAUUUUAUUAGUACAGUACUUCAUAGAGCUAGAGCUAAGGCUAGAGCUAGAGCAAGGUUUAGAGCUAGAGUUAGAUACUACGUAGUACAGUAAAGCCUUUUUAACAUAGUGAUUUAGGUUGUGAUUCCCUCUUAAUAAGUACAGUACUAGUACUAUUACGUAACACUCAAAACCUAUUUAGUAUCACCUUUUUUAGCGUGACAUUCCCUUUACAAUGACAACAGUUUGACAAUUCCUGGUAGUAGGGGGUCAACUUUAAUACCUAAGUACAGUACCUAGCACUAGUACUUAGCACUUUAAGCUCUAGUACUUGGCACUUUAAGCCCUAGUGCUUAGCACCAAAAAUUUUUUAGGGUUUAUUUUUUUAGUUUCAAAUGAGCUACAGUACUAUGUAUAUUAAGCAGAUAUAUUGGCAAACGUUUUAAUAUUCUAAGUGUCUAAAUCAUUACCCGUUAGGCUUUGGAAACGACAUUGACUGGGUAAAAUGGGACGAUGCUAUUGAAUUGUCCAAGCAACAAAACAAACCAACAUUCUUGUUGAUCCACAAAACUUGGUGUGGAGCUUGCAAACGUAAGUUUUUAGAACUUUUCAACAUUCUUUUAAGACUUACUGCACAGUAAAAAAAUAAACUUUUAAUUUUUUUGGCUUUUAGGGUUAAAAGAAAGCUUCUUGUCCUCAUCAAAACGCGAACAACUUGUUGAACUGUCGCAGAAGUUCGUCAUGGUUAAUGUUGAAGAUGAUGAUGAACCUGAAGACGACAAAUACGCUCCAGAUGGCCGUUAUAUCCCUAGGUUGUACUUUUUAGGUAUGACAUGUUUAUUUUUUUACUUUAAAGUAGUGUAAGGUAGUGCCAGUAUGGUAGGGUAGAGUAGGGUAGGAUAGGGUAGGGUAGGGUAGGGUAGGGUAGGGUAGGGUAGGGUAGGGUGGGGUAGGGUAGAGUAGGGUAGGGUAUGACAAAAUAAAAUUUGAAAAAAUUUUAAAAAAAUUUAAAUUUUCAAAUUAAAAUUUAAAAUUUUCAGACAAAGAAGGCAACCCAAUGGCCGUAGACAACAAGAAGAACUACCCCAAGAACGCCUACUACUUCCCAGUAGUACCAGACAUGAUUAAGGCCAUGAAGAAGGCUUUGAAAUUGUACGCCGGAGAAGAAGUAGAAGAAAAGAAAACCAAGAAAGCUGCACCAAAGAAGGCUAAGAAAGUCAAGGCCACUGAAGAGAAGCCAGUUGAAAAAGAAGAAAAAGUAGAAAAGGAAGAAGAAAAGAAGGUGGAAGAGAAGGCUGAAAAGAAGGAAACGGAAAAGAAGGACAAGAAAGUAGAAAAGAAAGAAACAAAGAAGGAUGGUGAAGUGAAAUCAGAAGAAAAACCAAAAGGCAAGAAAGAAAAGAAGGUAGAAGAGAACAAAGAAAAUGUAAGUUUGUUAAACCAAGAUUUUUAAGCUAAAAGAAUGUAAAAACAAACAAAUAUAUGUCUUCAUUACUAUUCCUUUUCCUGUAUAAUUUCUUUUUUUAAUCUGGCACAAUUUUCAGGAAGGCGAGUGUCCACACGCGAAGAAGGCCAAAAAAGAAGCCGAGAAAAAGGCCAAAACAUCAAAGGCCGACAGCAAAAAGAAGACCGAGCUUUAG